CCCGGCGACGAGCGCCCUCGGCCGCUUCCGCUCCGGGCGCAGGCGCGGCGGCGCGACCGCGGAGGGGCUGCGGCAGAGCGGCGGCGGCCAGGAUGGUGCUGGAGAGCGUGGCGCGCAUCGUGAAGGUGCAGCUCCCCGCGUAUCUCAAGCGGCUCCCGGUCCCCGAGAGCGUCACCGGCUUCGCCAGGCUCACAGUUUCAGAAUGGCUUCGGUUACUGCCUUUCCUUGGUGUACUUGCACUACUCGGCUACCUUGCAGUUCGUCCAUUCCUCCCGAAGAAAAAACAACAAAAGGAUAGCUUGAUUAAUCUUAAAAUACAAAAGGAAAAUCCAAAAGUGGUGAAUGAAAUAAACAUUGAAGAUCUGUGUCUUACUAAAGCAGCUUAUUGUAGGUGUUGGCGUUCUAAGACGUUUCCUGCCUGUGAUGGGUCACACAACAAACACAACGAGCUGACUGGCGACAACGUGGGUCCACUGAUACUGAAGAAGAAGGAAGUAUGACAGUGACGCGUAGGGAUUGCGUUCAGUUGUAUAAACCUUCUAACAACACUUUCUCAUUCUUGAUGUGUAGAAAAUUUUGACAUGGUGGUCUUAAUUAUUACUACUGGUUGAGUAAUUAUUUCUGUCAGUUUAUCUACUUGCUACACUACUGUUUAUAUUUGAUACUUUAUAUAUUCAAAUAGUCACUUAUGUAGACAUUAAAUUGUCAAGCCUCUUAUUCUGACUUCAAAGAAUUAAUGUAUCUUCCAACAAUAAAAUCAACAUUUCUGGUUUUAACUGAGAAAAAUAUAAA